AGGCAUUAUAGAUUGGUUGGUUGUCGGCUACAUAGAAUGUCGAAACGCUCAACCCAGAAACCUCAAAGCCCAAGAAGAACUCAAGUCGAAUUGUUGUACAAGAAAGAGAAAGGAAAACAAGAUAGUUUAGAGAACGACGAGGAGCAACCAGUCUAUUCAGUUUCGCGUCCUUCGAUAUAUCCUUCAGGUGUCCACGCGCCAACAGUACGAAAGGCACCCUUAGAGGAAAACCAAAACAUACUCCCUGAACUAAAAUCGCAUAAUUUGGAAGGCCUGUAUAACUUGUCUUUCUUUCUUCUCAUUUUUACUCUUGGUUAUAAUGUGAUUCGAAAUAUCAGAGAGAAAGGCUGGCAGGCAGAUAUCCGCCUUUUGUUGUGUCCUGAAGUGUUUCGAGAUAUUCGAUUUGGCAUAGUGGUUUACGCUUCUUUGGCAGCCUACUGUUAUACAACGUUUUUCGUCGUAAAAGUUACGGUGUGGUGGAGAAAGUGGGACCUGUUGUCGUCUGUACUUUAUUGGUGCUCACAAAUUGGGUUGUAUUUGGUACUCACUUUGAAAAUGUAUUCACGUCCACUUUCACCCAUAUUUGGUUGCUUGUUAGCGAUGGGAGUAUUAGUCUUUUCGCUUAAGAUGCAUUCCUACUAUGCAACCAACAACUUGUUGCUCCAAGAGUUUCGUGAUGCGAUAGAGAAGAAGCGUGGCAAUAUAAAGAGCUUAGAAAACAGCAAUACUUCACGUUCUGGUUUUCCUUACUCCGUCAAUUUGAAGGAUUUCACCUAUUUCUUACUUGCUGCUCCUACUCUUGUAUAUGAGACGAAUUAUCCCCGAACGAAGGAGAUCAGAGUCAAAUAUAUUUUAUGGAACUUGAUACAGUUGGCGAUUUGUUUUCUUGUUCAGUUUUUCCUUUUGUGUCAAUUAAUGCUUCCAGUGUUGAAGCGUGAUAGUGGCUCUUUAUUAUUUGACUUUAUGAAGUUGGCUAUUCCAAGUAUUUUCUUUUGGUUGCUCGGAUUCUAUGCGUUAUUUCAUUGUUGGUUGAAUGCUUGGGCGGAACUAUGGCGUUUUGGAGAUAGAGGCUUUUAUCGUGACUGGUGGAAUUCCACUACAUUAGACUCUUUCUGGUCAAAAUGGAACGUUCCCGUUCAUGAAUGGUGUUUACGUCAUAUAUUUGUUGAAUCAAUGCACAAAUAUCACGUUAAUCGCACAUCUGCAACAGCGGCUACAUUUCUUAUGUCCGCAGUGCUACAUGAGUUUAUAUUUAUUGUUUCAUUCAAAACAAUACGUCCAUUUAUGUUCUUCGGGAUACUUUUUCAGGUUCCCCUUAUACGGUUGAGUCAAACUGCAAGUGUGAGUGGUCAUCGCAGAGGCAACUUGCUCGUAUGGUUAAAUUUGUUUAUGGGACAUCCACUUAUUGAACUAUUGUACUUUCGAAGCUUUUUUCAAGUUCAUCAUUCUUUGUUCUGUGUACGCGUAUAGACUUGUAAAAAGAAUCUAGAUAAUAAUAAACUUGAGCUUUCUCCAUUAGAGUAUUGUAUA